GCAAGCAGCAGCCGCGAGCCGCGCGCGAGUGGAGCUGCUGCCGCCUCGACGGAAACGACUCCAGCCCUCAGCCCGCCGCCUCUUUGCGCCCUGCGGCCACUUCGCACCUGGCGGCUGGGCCGGGCGGGGCGCGGCGAGCGUCGCUGACAAAGGGCCCGCUCCCUGCCGCCGCCGCCGCCGCCACACACUCGCAGCCGCCCCGAGCCGAACAAGGCAGCCGCGCGCCACUCGCCUCCUUCCGCCUGCUGAGCCGCCCUGCCAGGGACGGACGACGACGGCGCGCUCGCCCGCCCGCCCGCCCGCCGCGCCUUGGGAAAGUUGGACGACUUCGCCGCGGGACCGGCGCGCGGGAGGAGCCGCUCCGUCAAGCGCCGGGAUGCGGCGCUGCUGCAGCCGCCGCCGCCGCCGCCUCCUCGGAGUCCCGCUGUGGGUGCUGCUGCUGGCGUCGCUGCCCGUCCUGACGCGAGGCUUCCGAUGCAGCCAGCCCUUUGAAAACUGCUUAAAUGGAGGGAAGUGUGAAACCUACCCCAACGGAACCGGAGUGUGCUUGUGCCCCAGAGACUACGUGGGCAGCCGGUGUGAGCUCCCCAACCCCUGCCUCAGCUCCCCCUGCAAGAACGCCGGCACCUGCCACGCUCUGGUCCGCGGAGGCAGCGUGGAGUACACCUGCGCCUGCCGGCUGGGCUUCACGGACCGGCUGUGCCUGACGCCCGAGGAGAACGCCUGCCUCAGCAGCCCCUGCCGCAAUGGAGGCAGCUGCGACCUCGUCACCCUCACGGAGUACAAGUGCCGUUGCCCUCCGGGCUGGUCAGGCAAGAGCUGCCAGCAGGCGGACCCCUGCGCCUCCAACCCCUGCGCCAACGGCGGCCAGUGCGUGCCCUUCGAGGCCAGCUACGUCUGCAAGUGUCCGGCCGGCUUCCACGGGGCCAGCUGCAAGGAGGACGUCAACGAGUGCAGCCGCACGCCGCCCGUCUGCAAGAACGGCGGGACCUGCCUCAACGAGGUCGGCUCCUACCAGUGCCGCUGCAAGCAGGCCUACGCCGGCCAGAACUGCGAGCACCUCUACGUGCCCUGCAACCCCUCCCCGUGCCAGAACGGGGGCACCUGCCGCCAGACGGGGGACACCACCUACGAGUGCACCUGCCUUCAAGGUUUUGCUGGUCAGAACUGUGAGGACAACCUUAACGAUUGCCCAGGGAACAACUGCAAAAAUGGAGGCACCUGUGUGGAUGGCGUGAACACCUACAACUGUAAAUGCCCACCUGAAUGGACAGGCCAGUACUGCAGCGAGGACGUGGACGAGUGCCAGCUGAUGCCCAACGCCUGCCAGAACGGGGGCACCUGCCACAACUCGCACGGGGGCUACAACUGCGUGUGUGUCAAUGGCUGGACGGGCGAGGACUGCAGCGAGAACAUUGACGACUGCGCCAGUGCGGCCUGCUUCACGGGGGCCACCUGCCACGACCGCGUGGCCUCCUUCUACUGCGAAUGCCCCCAUGGGCGGACAGGCCUGCUCUGCCAUCUGGACGACGCCUGCAUCAGCAACCCCUGCAAUGAGGGCUCCAACUGCGACACCAACCCUGUGACGGGCAAGGCCAUCUGCACUUGCCCCAUGGGCUACAUGGGCCCCGCCUGCAACCAGGACGUGGACGAGUGCUCGCUGGGAGCCAACCCUUGUGAGCACGCUGGCAAGUGCAUCAACACAGAGGGCUCCUUCCAGUGCCAGUGCCAGCAGGGCUACUCGGGCCCUCGGUGCGAGAUCGACGUGAAUGAGUGCUCCUCGAACCCGUGCCAGAACGAUGCCACCUGCUUGGACCAGAUCGGGAUCUUCCACUGUAUCUGCAUGCCCGGCUACGAAGGCACUUACUGCGAAGUCAACACGGACGAGUGCGCCAGCAGCCCCUGCCUCCACAACGGGAAGUGCGUGGACAAGAUCAACGAGUUCGCCUGCGAGUGCCCCAUAGGCUUCAACGGCCACCUGUGCCAGUAUGACAAUGACGAGUGUGCCAGCACCCCCUGCAAGAACGGGGCCAGGUGUGUGGACGGCCCCAACUCCUACACCUGCGAGUGCACUGAAGGUUUUUCCGGGCCCCACUGUGAGACGGACAUUAACGACUGCGACCCAGACCCCUGCCACUACGGUACCUGCCAGGACCGCAUUGCCACCUUCACGUGCCUCUGCCGGCCUGGGUACACUGGCCACCGCUGCGACAUCAACAUCAACGAGUGCCAAAGCCAGCCGUGUAGGAACGGCGGGACCUGCCAGGACAAGAACAACGCCUACAGCUGCCUGUGCCUCAAGGGGACGACGGGCCCCAACUGCGAAAUCAACCUGGACGACUGCGCCAGCAACCCCUGUGACUACGGCAAGUGCAUUGACAGAAUCAACGGCUACGAGUGUGCCUGUGAGCCAGGAUACACAGGGAGGAUGUGCAACGUCAACAUUGACGAGUGUGCCAGCAACCCUUGCCACAAUGGCGGCACCUGCCACGACCUCAUCAACGGCUUCACCUGCACCUGCCCAGAAGGGUUCCAUGACGGCACCUGCCUCUCGGAAGUCAACGAGUGCAACAGCAACCCUUGCAUCCACGGGAGAUGCAACGACGGGCUGAACGGCUACAAGUGCGAUUGUGACUCGGGAUGGAGCGGGACCAACUGCGACAUCAACAACAACGAGUGCGACUCCAAUCCGUGCACGAACGGCGGGACCUGCAAGGACAUGACGGGCGGCUACAUCUGCACCUGCCAGGAGGGCUUCAGCGGUCCCAACUGCCAGACCAACGUCAACGAAUGUGCUUCCAAUCCAUGCCUGAACCAGGGGACCUGCAUUGACGACGUUGCUGGCUACCAGUGCAACUGCCUGCCCCCGUAUGCCGGGGUCACCUGCGGAGAGGUCCUGGCUCCCUGCGGACAGGGGCCCUGCAGGAACGGAGGCCAGUGCCGGGAGUCGGAGGACUACAAGAGCUUCUCCUGCGAGUGCCCUGCAGGCUGGCAAGGGCAGACCUGUGAGAUCGACAUCAACGAAUGCGUGAAGAAUCCCUGCCGGAACGGCGCCAGCUGCCAGAACACGAACGGGAGCUACCGGUGCCUCUGCAGACCCGGCUUCGCAGGCGCCGUCUGCGAGACGGACAUUGAUGACUGCCAGCCCAACCCCUGCCACAAUGGCGGCUCCUGCUCCGACGGCGUCGACGCCUUUCUCUGCAAGUGCCUGGCCGGCUUCCAGGGCCCCAAGUGCGAGCAGGACAUCAACGAGUGCGCCAGCAACCCCUGCAAGAACGGGGCCAACUGCACCGACUGCGUCAACAGCUACACCUGCACCUGCCCCUCCGGCUUCAGCGGGAUCCACUGUGAGCUCAACACGCCCGACUGCACCGAGAGCUCCUGCUUCAACGGCGGGACCUGCGUGGACGGCAUCAACACCUUCACCUGCAAGUGCCGGCCGGGCUUCACGGGCAUCUACUGCGAGCACGACAUCAACGAGUGCGACUCCAAGCCCUGCCUGAACGGCGGCACCUGCCAGGACAGCUACGGGACCUACAAGUGCAGCUGCCCCCAGGGCUACACAGGGCCCAGCUGCCAGAACCUGGUGCACUGGUGCAGCUCCUUCCCCUGCAAGAACAACGGCAAGUGCCGGCAGAGGGACAACCGCUACGACUGCGAGUGCCCCAGCGGCUGGACCGGCUCCCACUGCGAUGUCCCCAACGUCUCCUGCGAGGUGGCUGCCCGGCAGCAAGGGGUGGACGUCGGGCACCUGUGCAGGAACUCGGGCCAGUGCAGGGACCAGAACAACACCCACUUCUGCCGCUGCCAGGCCGGCUACACGGGCAGCUACUGUGAGGAGCAAGUGGACGAAUGCUCCCCCAGCCCCUGCCAGAACGGGGCCACCUGCACCGACUACCUGGGAGGCUAUUCCUGCGAGUGCGUUGCCGGCUAUCACGGCGUGAACUGCUCGGAGGAGAUCAACGAGUGCCUCUCCCACCCCUGCCAGAACGGAGGGACUUGCAUCGACCUCAUCAACACCUACAAGUGCUCUUGUCCUCGAGGGACUCAAGGGGUGCACUGCGAGAUCAACGUGGACGACUGCCGCCUCUUUGACGCCAACGCCUCGGCGCCCAAGUGCUUCAACAACGGGAAGUGUGUCGACCGGGUGGGGGGCUACAGCUGCCUCUGCUCCCCGGGCUUCGUGGGGGAGCGCUGUGAGGGGGACGUCAACGAGUGCCUCUCCAACCCCUGCGACCCGCACGGCACCCAGAACUGCGUCCAGCGCAUCAACAACUACAAGUGCGAGUGCCGGCCGGGCUAUGCGGGGCGGCACUGCGAGACGGUGGUGGACAGCUGUCAGAACAAGCCCUGCAGGAAUGGCGGGACGUGUGCCGUGGCCAGCAACACCCAGCGCGGCUUCAUCUGCAAGUGCCCCCCGGGCUUGGACGGGGCCACCUGCGAGAACGACGUGCGCAGCUGCGGGCCGCUGCGGUGCCUGAACGGCGGGACGUGCGUCUCCGGCCCGAAGACCCGCUGCCUGUGCCUGGAGGGCUUCACGGGCCCCGCCUGCCAGUUCCCGGCCAGCAGCCCCUGCCACGCGGAGCCCUGCUACAACCGGGGCACCUGCCAGGCCACCCCGGAGGCGCCCCACUACCGCUGCCUCUGCCCGGCCAACUUCAACGGGCUCCACUGCCACAUCCUGGACUUCGACUUCCGGGGGGGCGUCGGGCAGGACAUCGCCCCGCCGGCCUUCGAGGAGGCCUGCGAGCUCCCCGCCUGCCCCCAGCUGGCCGGCAACAAGUUCUGCGACGCCCAGUGCAACCACCACGCCUGCCACUGGGACGGGGGCGACUGCUCGCUCAACUUCAACGACCCCUGGAAGAACUGCUCCCAGGCCCUGCAGUGCUGGAAGUACUUCAACGACGGGAAGUGCGACGCCCAGUGCAACAACAGCGGCUGCCUCUACGACGGCUUCGACUGCCAGAAGGUGGAAGGCCAGUGCAACCCCCUCUACGACCAGUACUGCAAGGACCACUACUCCGACGGGCACUGCGACCAGGGGUGCAACAACGCCGAGUGUGAGUGGGACGGCCUGGACUGCGCCAACCACGUGCCGGAGAAGCUGGCCGAGGGCACCCUGGUGGUGGUGGUGCUGACCCCGCCGGCCACCCUGCGGAACAACUCCCUGCACUUCCUGCGGGAGCUCAGCCGCGUCCUGCACACCAACGUGGUCUUCAAGAAGGACGCCAAGGGCGAGUUCAUGAUCUUCCCCUACUACGGGAACCCGGAGGAGCUCAAGAAGCACCACGUCAAGCGGUCCGUGGAGAGCUGGCCGGGCCUGCCCAGCGCGCUGAAGGCCUCGCUCUACUCGAGGGUGGCGGGAGGCAGAAGAGGGGAACUGGACCAGAUGGACGUCUGCGGGGUAAAGGGAGAGGCCCGCCGGGUUCCGUCGGUCAUCCACCUGGAGAUUGACAACCGCCAAUGUGUCCAGUCGUCGUCCCAGUGCUUCCAGAGUACCACCGACGUGGCGGCUUUCCUGGGCGCUCUGGCCUCGCUGGGGAACCUGGACAUCCCCUACAAGAUCGAAGCCGUCAAGAGUGAAACGACGGAGGCCUCCCAGAGCACCCCCUGGUAUCCUAUGUACAUCGUGGUGGUCGUGGUCCCGCUGGUGCUCUUGAUCGGUGUCGGCGUCUUGGCCUCGCGCAAGCGGCGGAGGGAACAUGGGCAGCUCUGGUUCCCCGAGGGCUUCAAAGUGACGGACUCCAGCAAGAAGAAGCGCCGGGAGCCCCUGGGGGAGGAUUCCGUGGGCCUGAAACCCUUGAAAACGGCUUCCAACGGUACCCUGAUGGAUGACAACCAGAAUGAAUGGGGAGACGAAGAGACCUUGGACACCAAGAAGUUCCGGGUGGAGGAGCAGGCCGCACUGUGCGACCUGGACGGCCAGACGGACCACAGGCAGUGGACCCAGCAGCACCUGGAUGCGGCCGACCUGCGCAUUUCUUCCAUGGCCCCCACCCCGCCUCAAGGUGAAAUUGAUGCCGACUGCAUGGAUGUCAACGUGCGGGGACCAGACGGGUUCACUCCGCUGAUGAUUGCCUCGUGCAGCGGAGGCGGGCUGGAGACGGGCAACAGCGAGGAGGAGGAGGAGGCCCCGGCGGUCAUUUCCGACUUCAUCUACCAGGGGGCCAGUCUGCACAACCAGACGGACCGCACAGGGGAGACGGCCCUCCACCUGGCCGCCCGCUACUCCCGCUCGGACGCUGCCAAGAGGCUGCUGGAAGCCAGCGCCGAUGCCAACAUCCAGGACCACACGGGGAAGACGCCGCUUCACGCUGCCAUCUCCGCCGACGCGCAGGGCGUCUUCCAGAUUCUGAUCAGGAACAGGGCCACCGACCUGGACGCACGCAUGCACGAUGGGACGACGCCCCUGAUCCUGGCUGCCCGUCUGGCCGUGGAAGGGAUGCUGGAGGACCUCAUCAGCUGCCACGCGGACGUCAACGCGGUGGAUGAUCUCGGGAAGUCUGCUCUGCACUGGGCCGCUGCCGUGAAUAACAUUGAAGCGGCCACCGUGCUGCUGAAGAACGGGGCCAACAAGGACAUGCAGAACAACAAGGAGGAGACCCCCUUGUUCCUGGCGGCCAGGGAAGGGAGCUACGAGACGGCCAAGGCCCUGCUGGACCACUUUGCCAACCGGGACAUCACCGACCACAUGGACCGGCUGCCCCGCGACAUUGCCCAGGAGCGCAUGCACCACGACAUCGUGCGCCUGCUGGACGAGUACAACCUGGUGCGCAGCCCGCCCCUGCACCACGGGCCCCUGGGGGCGGCCACGCUCUCCCCGCCCCUCUGCUCGCCCAGCGGCUACAUCGGCAACCUGAAGCCGGCCCUGCAGGGCAAGAAGGCCCGGAAGCCCAGCGCCAAGGGGCUCAGCUGCAACGGGAAGGAGGCCAAGGACCUGAAGGCCCGCCGGAAGAAGGCCCAGGAGGGCAAGGGCUGCCUGCUGGAUGGCUCCGGGGCCCUCUCGCCCGUCGACUCCUUGGAGUCGCCCCGGGGGUACCUCUCGGACGUGGCCUCCCCUCCCCUGCUGCCCUCUCCCUUUCAGCCGUCCCUCGGCCACCUGCCCGGCAUGCCUGAUGCCCACCUGGGCCUCAGCCACCUGGGCCUGGCGGGCAAGCCGGACCUGGGCCUGGGCGGGGCCGGCCGGCUGCAGCCCUUCGACGCGGGGCCCCCCCGCCUCUCCCACCUGCCCGUCUCCAGCCCCAACACGGUCAUGGGGUCCGGGGGGCCGCUGAGCUUCGCCGUGAGUGGGGGCCCCGGCCUGACGGGACAGUGCGACUGGCUGAGCAGGCUGCAAAACGGGCUGCUGCAGAACCCCUACAGCCCCAUGCGGAGCGGGCUGCAGCCAGCGGGGCACCCGCCCGGCCAGGCCCUGCAGCACGGCCUGAUGGCCCCCUUGCACAACGGCCUGCCCACCACCCCGCUCUCCCAGAUGAUGAGCUACCAGGCCAUCCCCAACGGCCGCCUGCAGGCCCCCGCCCAGCCCCACCUGCUGCAGGCCCAGCAGCUGCAGCAGAUCCAGCAGCAGCAGCAGCAAAACAUGCAGCCGCUGCCGCAAGCCCAGCAGCCCCACAGCGCCGCCUCCAGCACCGGCACCCACACCGUCGGCCAAAGCUUCCUGGGGAGCGAGCUGGGCCAGCCCGACCUGCAGCAAGUGACCGGGGGUGCUCUGGCCGCCCACGCCAUCAUGCCUCAAGACACACAGGUCCUGGCCACCUCGCUGCCGCCCACCCUCACCCAGCCCAUGACCACCACCCAGUUCCUGACCCCGCCCUCCCAGCACAGCUACUCCUCCCCUCUGGACAACACCCCCAGCCACCAGCUGCAGGUGCCCGACCACCCCUUCCUGACCCCGUCCCCCGAGUCACCGGACCAGUGGUCAAGCUCCUCUCCGCAUUCCAACCACUCGGAUUGGUCGGAAGGCGUCUCCAGCCCGCCCACUAGCAUGCCCUCGCAAAUGGGCCACAUCCCAGAAGCCUUCAAGUGAGUCGGGCGGGUGGGGGGCCCUCCUUGACCUUCAAGGCCGGCGCGGCUGCCUGGGGUGUCUCCUGGUGGCUGGACUGGAGUCUCUUUUUUAGAAAAGAAUAUUUUUACAUACCAAGUAAGGUGGACAAUUCAUUUCCCCCCUCUUUUUUUUUUUAGUAUUUAUUUAUGUACUUUUAAUUUUACAUGGAAACACUGCCUUUUUAUUUAUGUUCUGUUAAGAACUCGACGGGAUGCAUUUUUGUGUUCCGAGAAAUAUAAAAUCUAUUAAUGGGAUCUCCUUUUUUUUUUUUUUUUUGGCUUGCUUUCUCUCUCUUUUUUUAAAAUGAGGGAUUUUUUACACUUUUGUAUCAUUUUGUUAUUUUGUAGGGAGCUUUCUUUCUGUAAAGCUAUAAGCAAAGAUCCAUUAUUCGUAAAUGCCAUUUAUUUAUUGAUCAGGUUUUUCCCCCUGUUUGUUUUUAAAAAGCUGUUAAAGUUGGAAAAGGGUUAGGGAGGGAUGAAAAUGUUUGAGGAAAAAUGAUUUAAAUACAUUUUUUUAAAUGUGCUGUUUCCUUGGAUGCUGACGGACAGAGCAGAGGACCUUUUUAGGGUCCCGGCCAUGAAUCUUUGUUUAAAAGUUCCAGUAUUACCUAGUUACUCAUUUUGUCUUUUUGCAUAAUAGCAGCUCUUGCUCUUUUAUAUUUAUUUAAAUUCUGCCUAUGAUCAAAUAUCCGGAUCACAGGUUCUAAGCUACAAAUCCAGAUGUUUCCUCCCCACCACCACAAAGAGGCCAGAGUUGUGCCCAGUCCUGGUGUGAAGUUCAGAUAAAAGAGAACCAGCCAAGGAUUUGGUGCCUAGGAUCACUCCAGGAUCUUUCUGGGUUUUAAAAAACUGAACUGUUUCAGUAGCCACCAAUAACCGCCUCUGGCUCUUUCAAAACGACCCUGGGUACCAUUUUUUAGAACCACAUCCUUGCUGUGAAAAGGCUAGCCAGGUGCUCAGUCACCAUCGGUGUGUGCACAGGCGUGGACCUAGGACUCGAAAUCCUGGGGUGAUGAUGAUGAUCCUGGGGCUGAGUAUGCGCAGUGCACAGCCACACCUUUUGCAGGCUGGCUCACGCCCAGACAUCCCCCUGUGGGAUCCUGUCGGGGAGACCCUCAGCCAGGCUAGCUGCCGUUGGGAGGAGGGCAGCCUUUGCUCUCGAGGCAAGCUGCCCACCCGUAGGGGAGUUCGUAGAAGCCAGCCCACGCGGGCGGCUGUUUCUGGACCAUGCUGCAGCGUGGAGAGAGGGCUGGUGGGCAGCAAAAGAGCUGGAGAGAUUCCCUGCAUUGUAAGGCGGGCCUGGGAUGCUGGACACUCUGCCUGCAAAUAAGACUGGUGCAGCACAAGCCUCGCCAAAGCCCCAGCCCUUCUCCGCAUGCUGCAGGCAGCUUCCAAGCCCCAGGCAGUCUUUGGAAAGCCUUGAUCGGCCUAGGAAGCGGGGAGAUGGGGACUGGCUCUGGUAGACAGCUCAGAGCCCUCCUUGGAUGUGGGCACGGGAGGCGGGAACUGCUUGGCCGCCUCCGAUGGGAAGAGAAGGGAGGGGGCAGCCACAAGAGCGAAGAUUGCCACGGGGAGAAACCAGCAAGCUGGCCACUUCCCCUUGUUCUCCCCAACGUCCGCACAGCUUUUAGGCACCAAGGACAGCUUUGGGUUUUCCAAUUGGCUCUGGGUGGGGCUCCCUAAUGGGAGAAGAGCCCCCCCCCCCAUCACAAGGCACGAGCGAAGAGUCACGUUUUUGGAACACUUGCUACACUUCAGGAAGAGCCCGUGGAGGUGUUAACCGUGGAUGUGGGCUCUUGGGUGACCAGGAGAAAGGGCUGGGCAGGAUUGGAUGCUGUAAACAAAGCAAAAAUAAACAGAGUAUAAGCCUGUGGCAAAGCAAAUGUUCUGUAAAUAAGGGUGGAUUUUGUUUAAAAAAUCUAAAUGGUUUGAGUCUAAAAACAAACACUGCGCUGGUGUGAGGUGUCAGAGUUGCUCAAGAGAGGCACAGACCUCUGGGAAGUUCUCCUGCCUGAGACCCAUUGACGCGAUGAGCGGCCCCAGAGCUCUUGUGCAGGAGAGCUUCCCAGGGGAUCGUGCCCUAAAGCUAAAGUCCUAUGUGCACCCCUGUACAAUGCAGUGCAGAAACUGCCUCUCAAGUUAAUUGAGAUGCCAUGUCUAAUGGGAAUGCUUGGAUGCACAGGAUCCCUCUUUUUUGGGGGGUCUCUUGAGCACCCACCUCUUAGGAAACACAGUGAAGUGCUGAUAUUGGGGCAUCCCUAAAGCAAUUUUUAAACACCCUCUGGUGUUAAAUCUUUUUAUGUUUUAUAAACUAGAGUAGUUUAUAAGGGGGGUGGGGGAGAUGAUAAAGCAACCUUCUGUAAUAAAAUGUUCAUGCAAAAUUGUAGUUUGCAAAAAUGAUGUAUUUUUGUGGUUAAUGGAUUUGCAAUAAAUGGUGCCCAAAAGCAUCUAGAAUUUUACUAAA